GUUUAAUAUUAUAAAAAGAAUUUCAUUACAUAAAAUUAGGUUGAACGAAAGAAUGUUAGAACAGGACUGUUCGAAAUACUAUUCUUUACGUUUGCGUAUGUACCAUAUGCACCGCUAUGUUGGUUUAAAUGACACCACAGUAUUUAGGUCAACCUGCUCGAUCAUACACGAUUAAUUUCGAUAUUGAAUUUUCGCGAAUGGCAAUUACCUUACUAUAAAGGUAAAUGUCAUGACUGACGUAUAAUAUGUUAUUAGUUUCUGGUAAACCACCUGUCAGUGGUUAGAGCAUAUACCGUACAUGGUACUAUACAUGAUAAUAUGUAGGUAGUGUUAAAACGAUUAACAUUCUGUCAAGAAAGGACCCUAAAUUAUAGGUAACUUGACUGAUACUAAAUUAAACAAAAUCAAGGGAUAUCUAUAAUAUUUUGUAAAAGUAAUUUAAAUUGUAUUUGGUGUGUGUGUGUGUGUUUUUUCUUUAGAUAAAACAGGUAGACUUGCACUCUGACAAAUGUAUAGUUUUUAUGCUUUUAUAUUAGAUUAUUUGGAAAAUUUUCAACCAAAUCAGAUAAUUGAAGUAUCUAAAAUCAAAUCUAUAUUCAUUUUGAGUUGUUAACUAUAUUUUCAUUAGAAUAGAAUUUUUAUUUAGUGUAUUUAUUUAAAAUCGUAGCAACUGUUCGCAAAUAUUUGAAAAGCGAUUAUUUUUUUACAAAAUAAUGACAUUGAGAUACAUUUAAUAAAUAUAUCCUAAGGUUAAUUACUAAAUUUUGUAUAAUUUUAUUUAUGUAUUAGAAAAAAUAAUUUCAUCGUAAAUAAGAUCAUUGACUAAAUACAAGGUAGAUCUGACAUCUGACAUUAUGUACAUAUAUAGAACUCCGUGUCUCACGUUCUGAAAUACCGACCUCGACAAAAUUAGAAUUUCUUACGCCCCCUGCGAUUUGUUUCAGCGAAUAUAGAAAUUAUAACCAUUGACUUAAUCUAUGAUGUGAAUCACAUCUAUUCUGUACACCACAGAUAAGUAGAUGUAUGUAUUUAUAUUUACUGUUGCAAUUCGGCACAAUGCACGCGCGAGGCACCUUUAUCAUACAUUUUUUUCGCAAUUACGGUUACGAUCAUAUAUAUGCUUUUGUUUUCUCUCUACUCUCUACUCAUUUCUCCUGUCUAUUCGAAUCAGAUUCAAUUCGAAUGUGUAGCAAGUGGAUGACCUAGCGGUAGCUUUUGUCGUCCGUCUCAAAGCGGCGUAGUGGUCGCUAAACGCGCAUGUGUGUGAGAGAUUUUGUGGUGCGCUUUGUGAUUAAUACACAUCAAAACAACAUCAAAUGAUGACAUCUCCCACCACCAAAAAUGGAACGAGUUGCCGGAUCUGUGUAUACUAGCGCUAGUACCUCAUCUAUGACUAUACGAACGAUAAUGUGAUAAAGGUGCCCUAAAGGUAAAGAAACUUGCAACAUAAAAAUGCAUAAUUUCUUUCUGUGAAGACAACAUGAAUAAUUUAACAGACGCACAUUGGUUUCCCUUAACAUCACAGGGAAAUAUUUAUUCAAUGACCAAAUUGUGUUCUGUCAAUGGUUCCAAUAAGGUAUUAGUGGCUUCUUUGAAAAGAAAAAUAUAUUCUUGUGAAUACCAUUUGAUGCCAAAUCUACAUUUAAGACCACUGGUUAAAGAACUACUUUUUACAUAUAUUCCCAGUGGUGCAGAAAUCAUAUCUAUUGAUGCUUAUAAUAAGUCUGAUAGCGGUGAUGGAUUUGUGAUAGGAAUAACUAUUUUGAAAGCAAGUACAGAUACAUCUGUAGAAAGAUAUCUAAAUAUAUAUACAGAAGGUGCCAUAGAUGGCGAAGGAGAUGAAGGAAGUUCCAUUGAAGCUAUAGCACAAAAUUGUCUUAUGGUGGAAUUAGCAUAUACACCGUACCAUUUAUAUCAUACUAUAUUACCCCAACAAAAUGUCCCUAAUGAGGUUGUUUGGUUACUCUCUGGCAGUGAUUAUAAAAUACAUAUGAUCAGAGAAGACAAAUUAAACCACAGUUACAGUGAAUCACCUAUUGAAAAGUACUUUCCUGAAUUGCAUGAUAUCCAAGGAAUUGCAAUAUGGAUUAAUAUUUACUAUUAUGAUAAUUACAAUUGGAGACUGACAGUAAUCGGUUGUGAGUGUGGAUUGGUCAAUGUAGCUAUAACUAAUGUUUUAGAAUUAAAAGUUUGCAGAAGUUGGAAAUUAAGAUAUGACAGACCUGUUUCCAGUGUAUCCAUUUUUUCACUUCAAAAUAAUAUUGAGAAACCUUCUUUUCUUAGCUCUAAUAACUUGAAAUCUUUCCUAAAUGAUCAAGAAACAAAACUAAAUGUUCUUGUUGUGAAUACAAGUAAUGCAGUUGUCUUUAUGGAUGUUCUAAAUAAUGGGAUGGAUGAAGACAUAACAUUAAAUGGUAGUGAAACAUCUGAUUGCAUUUUAUGUUCUUGUAUUGCUGACAUAAAUAUGGAUGGGCAGAAUGAGAUACUCUUAGGAACCUAUGGUCAAGAAGUUCUUAUUUUUUGUUUCAUAAAUGACUCAUGGGAAUUGAUCAUAAGAAAAUUAUUUGAUGCUCCUGUACAUUCGAUAUGUUAUAUGGAUAUCACCAAUGAUGGAAUGAAAGAACUUAUUGUCCUUACACAACGCGGAGUGCAUAUAUUACAGCAUAAUAUUAUGGAUGUCAAAGAUAAAUGGAAAAAGCGAUAUAAAAAAUUUCUUGAAGAAAAUAGAAUAUAGCUUAAUCUUCAAAUUGCCAUAUAGAAAGACUUGAAUUGAGGUUUAGUCUUCAGGGAUUGAGAAGAGAGUACAAGAAAUUACAAAAUAUAAAUACACACGUUUGAUAUUAUUGAUAUUAUGUAUAUACAUAUGUGUAUACACACACAUAUGGAUACAUAUAAUAUCAAAAAGAAUAAAAGGAAAUUUAUUUUUAUUAUUACUAUAAUUGUAAAGUUGAAUAAUUUUAAUAAAUAUAGUCAAAGAAUAAAAUAUUGUUGUUUAUUUUUAAAUUAAGAAAGAUUAUUUACUUUUCAAAUAUAGCAAAUCUAUAUCAGUAGAUAACUAAAUUAUAAAUUUUGCAGAUUUUAUUUUAAAAAUGAAGUGAUAUUUUCAUAUAAACUAGUCAACUCACGUAUUAACAGUCAAACGAAUGCGCAAUUUCACUGGUUCUUAAACCGACGUGUUUCACGAUGCAUCGUAUCUAGACUUCGCAGAAUCAAUGACAUAACAGACAGUUCAAAAUAGUGUGGCACGUGCUUGAAGUAGAAAUUGUCAUACGUGUAUCUUUUAUGUUGUGCCCACGCUUCUAACACUGAUGAUCGAUAUAUUACAUUACGUCUUGUUGAAUAUUACGAAAGAAUUUAACAGCGUAUUUCAUUCUUUUUCCUACGUAAAUUAGAAUGACUAGUAAAAAAGGACACACCCUCCGAAUUGAAUCAGAAAUCGAUAAAAACCGCGAGGA